GAUUGCUGAAUAAACUGCGCAGUUGAAUUUGUUAGGCGGACCUGAUUUGUAAUAUGAAUAAAAAAUUUAUAAAACGUUAAACAUAUUUUAAUGUUUAUAGCCAAUGUGAGAUGAUAAAGGAAGGAUUUAUUAAGCAGAUGUGGACCAUGGUGCACAUGUAAUGACUGAACUCUACAAGAACAAACCUAUUCAGUAAACAAUGCCAAACACCGAUAAGAUAAAAAGUAAGCCAUACAGAAACUGGGUUAGAGGAGCCCUUGGUUUGUUCCAUCUACAAAAAGGUCUCUAUCCCUUCACAGACCGUAUUGUUAAAGCGGAACAUGCGAGAAUUGUUCAACAUCUGCCGCCAUGCACAUAUUGUGCUAUAGAAAACAUUCUCCCAGCACAUGCAACAAGUGGAAAAGGCUGUAUUCAGAAGAAUAAAGGAAAGUGUAACUGUAGAAAGAGGACAAACAGGAACUGCCCAACAUGUAGCAAGAUCUAUGACGAUAUAGUACAACAACACCGUUUCAAGGAGCCGCAUUGGGUGACCGAUUGUUCUACAUGGUACAAUGACCAUUGGCAGUUUGCAAAAUGUUUCUUGACAACCACAACCAAACGAUCAAACAAUACUGCUGCCGACACGGAUGCAUCUGGUUUACUCAGCAUUAUCAUUAAUGGCGAGUUCUUCCAGUCAGAACUUCACUACAGCAUUGAUCCAUAUAAUGGUACUGAUAUUUUUAGUCAGGUGCGAGAGAUAAGGAAUGAAAUUCUACACAACUCUGAACAAGACUUGAUGGAUCAAGAUUUGACCAGAUAUUUACAAUCAAUGAUAGCAGUAUUAGAAGACAAGAAAGUACUUAGGAUUGAUCCAGCAGCGCAAGCAGCAGCUAAAAAAUUAAAAGAGCUUCUCAAAGAUGAAUUAAUCAUUACAAUGAGUGAAGAAGCCAAUGUAAUUCAAACUGCACUAGAGGCCAUCAAAGCAGCUAAAGAACAGUCUGAAAAGAGUAUUAGAGUACUAACAGAGGAGAUUCGUUUCUUUACGGAAACAGAUAUCGCACUUUACUUCAAAAAUAGACGCUGCAAAGGAACGGGCAGUGGAAAAGGUGACAUCUGUAGUGUCCGCAGCGAAACCGGAUCUAAGUGAACUUAAACAUGGACUUUCAGACCAUGAAAAUAGAUUAAGAGCAGUUGAAGCAGAACAAAAAGAAUUGCAAAGGAAGGUGAGUAAAUUGGAACAACAUGUUGCAAAACUGAAGAUUGCUGAAGAAAAGCAUCAGACGAGGAUUGCAUACCUAAAACAAAAACAAAGUCUCCAAAAACACCUGGUGAAUGUAUAUCAGGAAAAAAGUGUAAAGACAUCGAUUUCUCCUCUAAAGACGCAACAUGAUCACGUCGACAUCCGUGACGUUUAUGCAUCUCCUAGAAUGGUGGUCGAAGAAAAUAAAGACAACAAGGACGAAAACACUGUUGAAGCUGGAAAAUUGGGCAUUACUUGAUAUGUUAGAUAUGUUAGAUCUAGUGAUGGGCCCUCUCUGGUCACUUAUAAUGAUGUGAUUCAUAUCGGCUGUUAAAGAUAAAAAAAAUAGGUAUUAAAUCAAAUUUGCUGCCGUGAAUUGUAUAAUUUUUAUAUUGAAAUUCGUCAUCCGGAUACCCACCAGACGUUCCAAGAAAAAAAAAUUCCCGGGGGAGCUUGCCCCCGAACCACCCUAGCAAUCGUGCGUAUUCUCAAAAUAGGCCCAGUUACGCCCUUGUACAUGUCAAGUGUCCUGGAUCGUCUGGGAGUCUCACGGAUGUUUUGUCUAUUUCCCGGACAUACGGAAAUCAAUCAUUUCUCCCGGAAAUCCAACAUUCCAAGCUAAUGAUUUCCUAUAUCAAACUAAAUCCCUAAUGCACCUGUCAAUAAUUUGCCCGCCCAGGGGGGCGACGGGCUGACCCAGGGGAAUUUGACAUUUCAGAAACUUUGUUGUCUAAAUCCCCACCCUAGAGACAACCUUUUUUGUCUAAAUCCCCACCCUAGAGCCUGGUUGGUACAUCAAAUGCCGCAGGGGUAGAGGCCUUAAACUUA